UGUCCAGAUGGUCGCUCUUGGCCUCGUUUCAGUGUGCAUAGGAUGGAAACGUCAUGCCAUGCCAGACAGGAGCCGUAUCGAGCAUGGAGAAUCAACGAUCAUUCUCCGUUCCAUCAUGUCAUUGUUCGCUAGUCGGUCAGGUCAUGAUAGACCGGUCAUGGGAAACCUGCGAUGACACGCUGCGAUCAACUCCGAGUGUGAGCAUGAGCAUGAGCAUGAGCAUGUUGAAUAAACACCUCGUGUCAUAAUGCAAACAACCUCUUGCAUGACGACAGUAAACAGUAGCGCAGCAGCAGCAGCAGCGCAGCAUAUGCAGGACAGCCAGCCGACUAACCCAAAAGCGGCAAUUACCUGCCCGCCCCGCCUACUGCCCGGCGGCGCAGACAUGAGCUUUCCGCUGCAAGCUCUCCGUGCUCUCCUCCCCUCCCCUCCAUCAAACACCUCAAUCAACAAGACCACCAUCCCACAAACCACCACAAGCCACAAAUCACAACCCACAACCCACAACCCACAACCCACAAUGUCAACCCCAACACAAACCCCUCACCCGCGCUCCCCGGUACAAACCGACUUCCCCUCCCACCUCACCCUAACAAUCACGCCCCCCACGCCCCCCAGCACCUCCCAAAAAUCCCCCAACAUCCUCCUCCUGCUGCACGGCCUCGGCGACACCGCCGCCAACUUCACCGCCUUCGCGCGCGCCCUCCACCUCCCCGAAACCACCAUCCUCACCCUCCAAGCCCCGCAGCCCCUCCCCUUCGACCUGGGCGGCUACCACUGGGGCGACGACGUGACCUUCACGCCGGCGGGGGAGCUGGACAUGGACGCCGGGUUCACGCGGGCGGUGCGCCUGAUCGUCCACGAGGUGAUUGCGGGGGUCCUGGUCCGGAAGUGCGGGUAUCGGUGGCGGGAUGUGUUGGUGUUUGGGUUGGGGCAGGGCGGGAUGGUGGGGUUGGAGGUUGCUGCUGCUGCUGCUGCUGGUGGUGGCUCUGGGGGACAAGGAGAAGGAGAGGGUGUUGGUGCUGGUGCUGCACUGGGGUUGUCGUCCUCGACGGAAAAUGAUCGGUGGUUGGCAGGGGUGGUUUCGAUCGGGGCCCCGUUCCCGUUGUCCGCGGUCAAGAAUACAACAACCCAAAGGAAUCGGACGCCGGUGUUGGUGGUCGCGGGGAGGGAUUCGGUGGCUGUGACGGAUAGUGCGGUGCGCAGGACGAAGGAUUGGUUUGAGUUUGUCGAGGUUCAUCGGUAUGCUCGCCGCGGGGAUGGGAUGCCCAGGAAUCGGGACGAGAUGUUGCCCGUCAUGCAGUUCUUAGCCAGGAGGUUGAGGAGUUGGAAGGGCGUGCCGGAGGGCAGUGUGGAAAUAUCCUGAAAACAAGAAACAAAUGGGUGGGAUGUUAUACGAUAUUCAUUUUGUGUUGAUUCAUAGUGGUACAGUACAUACAGAGUGAAAGUCUAGGGUGUAUCUAGUCGACCUCCUCGAGAGCCUGGCGCGCUCGAUCGAUGGCCUGUCGGGUCUCAAGGGGAGACACCGGGACCUCCUCCUCCUCCACGGGGCGUCCGCCUCGCUGCACAAUGCCACGGAGUUGGUCCUCCGUCUCGAGCAGAGCCGUGCGACCGUCCUCGCGGGCCUCGUUCUCGAACCAGGUCCGCGCGCUUUCCCACUUGCGCUGCUG